AAGUAAAAGAUAUAUCAUUGACAGACUACAUACAAACUCGUAAUCCAGUUUAUUUACCGCAUACAGCUGGUCGUUUUUCCACAAAAAAAUUUAGAAAAGCACAAUGUCCUAUUGUUAAACGUUUGACCAAUUCACUUAUGAUGCAUGGGCUUUUGGUUGAUGCUAUAAUUAACAUUGGUCCGCGUGAAGAUUCAACUCAUAUUAGUAGUGCGGGCACAGAAGCAGUUAAUGUUUCACUCUUCGUAGAGUGA